UGAAUUGGAAGCAGAAAAACCCAAAACCCUUGCUUCUCCUCACUGCAACAAACCGAAGCUGCCGAGCCAUAUUUUCAAGUUGGAAGCCAAAAAAACCAGACGAUGAAGUGGAAGCUGUGGCAAACAACUGCAUUUCUUUAUCAUCUUCAACAAAUGGGUAACCUUCAUUCAGUUCUUCAUGUACAAAAGUGUCCCUUCUAUUUUCACUUGUUGUCUUCUUCUUCUUCUUCUUCUCCUUUUAGUAGCAUUGCUAGCACUAAAACGUUUAAGAAACCUGCCAAGGGAAAUGGAAAGAAGUACGAGUUUCAUAAUAUUGUUGAUGCCCACACUUUGUUUAAUCAGAUGGCUCAUGCUUCUCCCAGGCCUUGUAUUGUGGAAUUCAAUAAAUUGUUCGGGGCAAUUGUGGGAAUGAAACAUUAUGCCAUUGUUGUUUCUCUUUGCAAACAAAUGGAAUUGUUAGGAAUAACCCAUGAUGCUUAUACUCUCAACAUUUUAAUUAAUUGUUUUUGUCAUUUGCGUCGCGUGGAUUUGGGGUUUUCAGUUUUGGGAAAAAUGUUAAAGCUUGGUUAUAAGCCGCAUUUAGUUACUUUCUCUACUUUGGUUAAAGGGUUUUGCAUGGAACAUAAAGUUGCUCAAGCAGCUAGAUUGUUUAAUGAGAUGGUUCUAACAGGGUAUCAACCUGAUUUGUAUAUUUAUACGAUUAUAGUGAAUGGAUUUUGUAAAAUAGGCGAUACUAGUGGUGCUGUUAGAAUGUUGAGGAAAAUGGAAGAAAGAGGUUUCAUGCCUGACGUUGUAGCUUUUAGUGCUGUCGUUGAUAGCCUUUGUAAGAAUAAGUUAAUAACCGAGGCUUUGGACCUUGCUUCUGAAAUGAAAGGUAAAGGCAUUCAAGCAGAUGUUGUCACUUACAGUUCAUUAAUUCGAGCAAUGUGUAGUUCAGGCCGGUGGGAUGAUGCAAUGAGAUUAUUCAACGAAAUGGAUUGUAAGAAUUUGAAACCAAAUGUUGUCACUUACAAUAUAUUGGUCGACGCACUUUGUAAAGAAGGGAAGGUUUCUGAGGCUCUUGGUAUAGUUGAAAUAAUGACUCAUAGUGGUAUUCAGCCUAAUGUUGUUACGUAUAGUGAAUUGAUAAAUGGUUAUCGUUUGCGGAACGAAAUGGAUGAGGCGAGAAAGGUUUUUGAUUCGAUGCUUACUUGUGGUUGUGUGCCUAAUGUAUUUAGUUACAACAUUAUGAUCAAUGGAUAUUGCAAAACUAACAGGAUAGAUGAAGCACUAAAACUCUUUCAUGAAAUGACUCAAAAAGGACCAACUCCUGACACUGCUACAUAUACCACUCUUAUGAGUGGCAUGUUCCAAGUAGGGAGGCUUUUGGAUGCACAAGAACUCUUUGAGGAUAUGUGUUCCUGUGGUCAAGUUCCAAAUUCAAUGACUUACUCAGUUUUGUUGGAUGGCGUAUGCAAACAUGGUCGAAUUGAUGAGGCACUGAGAUUAUUUCAAGCAAUGCAAAACAGUGGAAUGGAACCCUAUAUAGUCCAUUAUAAUAUCCUAAUUGAUGGCAUGAUUGAAGCUGGUCGACAUAAAGUUGCAUGGGAACUAUUUUCUAACAUCUUUGUCACUGGGUUACAGCCUACCCUUCCGACAUAUAACAUAAUGAUCAAGGGACUUUGCAACGAGGGAUUCCCUGAAAAAGCAUAUGACCUUUUUAGGAAGAUGGAAGUAGAUGAUUGUUUGCCAAAUAGCAUCUCUUACAAUAUUACAAUUCGGGGAUUUCUUCAAAGCAAUGAUAUGUUGAGAGCUAUGCAAAUUCUUCACGAAAUGGUUAGUAAAGGAUUUUCUACUGAUGCAUCCACAGCAAACAUGUUAGUGGACCUGUUGUCAGUAAAUGGAGAAGAUCAAUCUACUCAUGAAAUAAGUCAGGCUUUGUGAAGAUCAUCAAACAAAACAUGGAAAGUGGCUUCAUUUGAAAGACUGCUACGGUAGAAAUGCUAACAUUCUUACAGAUGUAAGGUGGAAAAGACAAAAGUUAUCUGUUGAGACAGCAGAGAAUUUGCACUUUUCUGAAUAUAACAGGGCCUCCUUUAAAAUUAUUACUGGAGAUCGUGGAAGGAAGUGAUCUUCUUAAACAAAGUGCAUUAAUGAGGUGACUUCUGAAUUCGAUUUGAAGUUCUGAAGAAGUCAAGGUGCAUAAAAAAGUGGUUUUUGUUUUGUGUCAUGCCCAAGGUCUUGAAUAUUAGACUGGAGUAACAAUUUGAAGUCGCUUUCAACGGAGCUCUGCAGGUUGGUUCAAUUGCUGCUGGUAGGAUAUUUUUGCCAUUUCUGGCUGUUCGUAUGAUUCUUGGAAUUUUUUUUGGGUACAUAAAGUAAUUACACUAGAUGAAGGGCUUAAACCUUCACCUUGUAGUUAAGAGCCACACACACUAGCCAACUGAGCUACUCCAGCUUUGUAUUCUUGAAAUUGAAUAAGUAUUACCUAUGUUGGAAGAGAAAAUGCGAAUCAGGUGACUCUAAUUCCAAUUUGAUGUUUGAGAUUUAUGUAAAGAAUCUUUUGUGCUAAGUUCAAUGCAACUUUGUCAUUGAAAUUCGUAUUUCAUGUAAAAUCGUUUCUUGCUGAAUGUAUAAGCAUGAAUGCAUGAUUGCAUGAAUUGUGGUAUUUGCCUAAACUUUACACAUAAGCCUCUCUCUGCCUCUCUCCCCUUUUCAAGUUUUGAAGGGGCUUGUUGUCAACAGCGGUAGGAAUUAUCUAUUUCAAGAAAAAAAAAAAAGAUCUAACAUGUCUUUUUAUUUGGGUUCAAAUAACAUGUCAAAUUUUGAUAAAAGGUAUGUUCAUUAAUUCUACUAAACAAUAUGUUCAAGUCUAUGUUCAUCUAAUUUUCCUACAUAAUAUGUUCAAGCAUUAGUUGGUGGAUAAAUGAUUUAUUUUGCAUUAUAGAUGGUAACUUUUAGCUAGUAUUGUCUUAAGAUGUUGAUUUAGUUAGCUCGAUGAAAUAUUUCAAAUUAUUUUUUAAUUGGUGGAAGGAAAGGGUUUAUUUGUUGAAACAGCAGAUAAAUUGGCAUUUUAUUAGGGAUCAUGGAAGGAGUAUUUUGGUGACUUGUUAACUCUAUUUGAAGCUCUGGAAAAGUCCAGGUGUAUAGACAAAGUGGUUUCCACUUGAAGCUUGCCAGUGGUCUUAUGCUGAAGUCAUAUUUGACUCUGCUUUCAAAGGAGCAUAGGUUUGAUUAAUUAAUGUUGCUGGACUUUAUGAGUCUUCAAAUUGAGCAAGUGUUGACUAUGUAUUGGAAGAGAAAGCACACGCCAGGUGCACUCUAUGUUGGAAUAUCAGGGGAAUGGGAAGCUCCAUAAAACUAGAAUGGUGAGGAAUCACUUUACGGGUCCAGAAAAUUUUUGCAAGCACUUGGUGGUGUCACUAAUUUACACACUUUACAAGAAGGAAACCUCUAAGCAUGGAGUAGACAAGAAUUUGAUGUUUCAGCAUGGUUGCAGCUCUCAAGUUUUUGGUGGCUCUCAAGUUCUUAAGCAUCUCUUUUAACUACAAGCUUUUCAGUUUUGUUAUAAACGUUGUUUAGCCUAUGUGAUUCACGUCUACUAGCAAAAGCGUACUGUCUACACUUGUAUGUGCUAGUGGCUUUUAUAGGCACCAUGUAGUGCUUGUGAAUAUUACUGCUUUAUGCAGUUUAUUAAUGCAACUUAUAUUUUGUCUGAGCAAAUAUAUGUAUGUAUAAAAUUCGAAGUGAUUGUCAUUUGAAUGUAACUCGAGUGAUAAU